AUGACUGUUGACAAUUUCAACUGGUUUUUGCAUGCAAUGUUGUUUUAUCAUACCCAACAUGUUCUUGAGAAGAUAAAAAAGAGGGAAGAAAAGAUGACACAAGGGGAUAAUGGUGAUGGUGAUGAUAGUGAUGAUAAUGAUGGUAGUGAUGAUAAUGUAUGA